AUGUUAGGGCUCUGUUCGAGCUCACGCUCGUGGAUCAGAGUGAAAAUGGAAAGCACAAACCGCCGCCUCCACUCUCAUUUUCCGUCAGAUCCGCCUCAGAUUCAGUCGCCGUUUCCGAAUUUACCGAUCCCUUCAUCGCAAAACUCCCGCAUCCUGCUCCCCGAGAUAUACACGGUCGAUUUCCUCUAUGCUCUUCUCUAUCUCGAUUUCUUAUAUUUCCUUUCGAUCAUACAGCCAAUCACAGGUACAUCUAUGACGGAUCCAACACUAGCUACGUCGCCGCUUCUGAACUUACCGAUCCCUGCAUCGCGAAAAGCCCGCCUCCUGGUCCCCGAGAUAUACACGAUCGCAUGGAACCUAAAUUUCCACGGUAAAUUCCAAUUCCAAUAA